AUGAGAAAAGACUAUGAAGCAGAGAUAGCAAACUUGAAGUCAGAAAACAGAGAGUUGAAGACAAGGGCCUCGGAAGAGAAGAAAGAAAGGGAGAAGUUUCAAGAAUUGGUAAAAGCGAAGAAAGGGGAGAUUUUGUCACUUAGAGGAGAACUGGAAGUGGGAAAAGGUGAAGUAGAUAUUUUCGAAUUUGUUGGAAGUUUACUACUAAUACAAUCACAACAAUUGUUAUAGAACUGUAUCUUUGGGCAGUUUACACGCUGUGUUUUUUCUCAUUCGAAAAAGAUGAAUAAUAAUUUGGCUGGAAAUAACGAUCGUUACUUUCAUGAUCAAACUUGAUUUGUAUCGGGCAAAUGAUAUUAACACUGACUGGAUACAUCACUCUGCAUUUUUUACGCUUAUGAUAUAUUAGUCUUAGAGUCUAUGUUACGCUCCUUUGGCUGGCAUCAUGUUGCAUGAUUAAAUAUUAGUUUUUUUUUAUGAUAGCAUAUUUUGUUAGCGAAGUCUGCCUCAAUAGUAACAAAAACCUAAUCGCGAAGGCUCACGUCUUUUCGUCGUCUUGUUACAGAACAAAGUUCCACCAAAAGAGCUGCAGAUAUAGCUGUUGUUAAAGGUAUGGGGAAAGUAUUUGUUGUGCAAUAAAUGUAACUAUGUUGUUCAGCAGCGUACAGUCAAACUUUGUUAAUACCGACACUGAGGGGGCCAUACAAAUAGUGUCUGCAUUAACGAGGAGUCCAUAUCAAACGAGUUGAAAGUACAUUUUAAAAGCAAACUUUCCGUAAUAACAUGGUCUCCCUAUUGAAUGCAGGUGUUUGUAAAAUGGAGUUUGACAGUAUUCCUAACCCUUAUAGACCUUAUAAAAACAUAUAGACUAAACUCUACGUGCGCCAAAUCAGACAAAUAUUACUAUCUUUCACUUAUAUUCAAUUAUGCCAUUAUUAUUCAGCUCUAGACGUGUAUCAAAAAGGGACAUAUUACUGCAUAACAUUCUCUCCGUGAAGCUGAUGAAUUGCCUAUUUCUGUCCAAUUCCUACAGCAGCAGAAAUGUUGGUGGUUAAGGAGACUCCGGGAGAGUUCGAGAAGAAGGAGACGGCACGGGGAGGAAAAGAGAGGGAUGUGAACAAAUGUCCCCUGUGCAAGACCUGUAAGCAAGGCGAUUGGCAGCUGUGUACAGUAAAGAAGUGCGGCCAAUGGGUGCACUGCCGCUGUGAAGCACAACUAGACACCUCUUACAGCUGCCCAUUCUGCAGAGGUCAUAUCAAGUAA